AUGAAAAACAAAUAUUUUCAAAUUUUUGUUAUCAUCAUAUUUUAUCCACUUUUGACGAUAUAAAUUGAGAUUAUGCUAAUUGAUAAUUGUUUAUGAAUUAUGUAUACAACGAACAAUGUAAUUAGAUCAUGGAUACCCCUCACUGUAGCAUCUACUAUCCAGUCAAUGGUAAGCAGUCUUCUUGGAAGCCGAGGCAGUUUGAAAUGUAUUGUGGAUGAUGAUGUGCACAUUCUCACUAACUGUGCUGCUAGACUACUACAGGACUUGCAUAUUGAGCACCCUGUGGGCUAUGUGAUCAAUGAGGCCUGCCAGUCACACCAUAAGCAGUACAGGACAGGCUGUAAGACACUCUGUGUACUUAUAGGCCUAUAUAUGAAACAAGCACAGCAACUCAUUCAACAGGGUGUUCCAGUUCUUUGUAUUGUCCAGGGGUUCAGGGAUGCUAUAGAAGUUUGUAUAGACAACCUGGCACCAGUCACUGUAAAUGUAGAUGAACUCUUGCAUGAUAUCAAUAAAGAACCAGACAUUGAUGAACCCUCCGUUGAAGCCGACAAUACUGCUGGUAAUGAAAUCAAUGAUGCAGAAGAUGAACUCACUAACAAUCAAAGCAAUGAUCACAUUAGGAGUAAAGUAACAUAUGCCAAGUCAAAUAAUCCAAGCUCAGAGAGAACACAUAUAAAAUACACAACUUGUAAAUCUAGUUUUACUGACCAAGAUAAGUUAUUGUUGCAAGAUACCCCCGAUGCAACAGAUGCUUGGCAAGAGAUCAUAUUUACAUGUAAAGAUCUGAAAACAAUUGCAAAAUCUAAAGAUGAAAUCAAAACCGAAAGCCUAAACACUGAUUUCAUCAUUCCUCCUAUUAUUCUAAAAGAGUCUACUCUCAAGGAAAAGGAUACUGAUGAAGACAAUGAUAUAUCUUGGGUGUUUGACAUUGAGUCAACAACCAAUGAAAGUAUAGCGCAAGAAGGUGAUGAAGAAAAUGAUGCAGAUGCACUGAAAUCAUUGACAAAAGAUCUCAGUGAAAUUAUCUGUGGAAUUGGUAACAAGAAACAUGAAAACCAUAAAAGUGAUGUAGGGCUAAUGGGUAUUUCACCAAAUGAUGAAGAUGCUGAUGAAUCAGAUGAUGAGUUUGAUAGCUGCUUUGAUGAUAUUCCAACAACAAAGAUGACAAAGGAAGAUUCUCCACAAAUAAUUGGCAAUCUUGAAAAACCGAAACGACCUCGAACUAGUGCAAUUGAUGAACAAGAUGAUGAAUUUGAUAGCUGCUUUGAUGGCCCACCAAUCAAUAAUGUUAGAAAUACAAAUACAUACAGGAAUCUAAGUGUUAUGCAUAAAUUUAACAAUGACCCAACCCAAGCAUUAAUAAAAUCAUCUGAUUGUGAUAUUCCUGGAGAUGAAUUCAGUGAAUGCUUUCAAGAUAUUACCAAUCAAAAUACUCUUACAAACAUUAUACCAUCUAAAGCCAAAAUAGACAACAAACCAAACAUUUCUAUACAAAAGUCCACCAUUCAAGAGCACAUGUCAAAAGAUUGUCUGUCAUUAAAUUCUAUUUCUAGCUUACUGGGUGCUUUAGGGAAAGACAGCAAGCCUAGUGUAACCCAAUCUCCCAAGCCUAGUCAAAGUAGACACUUUAGAACGAUGAAUGAUACUCAAGAUCACAGAAAAGUGCAAGAAAACAUGUUCUUGUAUCCAGAAGAUAAUUCUCAUAAUAUCAGUGUAGUAAAAACAACUGAACAUAGGAAUGGAAAUAUUCCAUGGGAUGAAACAUCGAAGGUGAAAUCUCAAUACAUUGAUAGAACUCAGGCUAUAUCUAAAGAUCAAUCAUGUGGAUUAACUAACCAGGAAUCUCAAACAUCCAUUCCAAGUGUCUCUCAAUGUGAUAAUAAAAACCUUGCUCAAUUUGAUAAUCAACAUCAUGUUCAAAACUUUCAGCUGGUUACUAAAGGCGAUCAGUCAAAUCAUCAAGCACCUCAAGCACAAAGAAACACUAAUUCAAUGCAACACGAUGAAUUCUAUAAAAUGAUCCAAGAGAAACUGAAGGAAACUAAACCAAAAGUUAACAAAGCUGCUUUUCAUUUAAGAAGUCGACAUUUGAUGGACCAGGAAUCUGAAGAUAUUAAAGUUGAUGAACUAGGAACUAAAGAUGAAGUAAUGUCAUUCACGAAUGAAAAUAUGCUGCUAAAUGACAGAGUUGGAAAUACUAUGGGUGCUGACCAAGUCUUUCAAAGGACAAAUAAUGUCGAUAAUGAAUCUGAAGCUGCACAGUUCACAGGUCAAGAGCAACAUGUAAUUUCUGAUAAUUAUGUCACAUCUCCUAAACAACCUGCAACUAUGGAGAAGGGUAUGACACCUGAGAAACUUGUAGAACUUGGCAAAGCACUUAAACAUGGAGAACCUGAAGUGAUUGACCUUGCUAUUGAAGCCAUAAAGAAAUUAUCCAAUCAUCAACAAACUAUAAGUAUCAUUGACACAAACCAGUUUCACACAAUGUGCAUGGCUGGACCAGAGGAAAUGUCUUGCGUUGUUGAGGGAAUUGUCAUAGCAACAGAACUUUCUUCGCUGCAUCAUUUUCAGAAAGCUACUCACAAUGCAAUAUUUGUAAAUGGUGACCUGAGUGACACUUAUCACCACAUAGGCUACAAAAAAGCAGUAACUGUUCAUAUAGCAACAACUGGUCUGGCUAGCAGGUCAUCAUCUGAAAAGUGGUUUGAUCAAGCAGUUGGCAUGUUAAGAAAGUUUCAGAUAGGAUUGAUCAUAUGCAAAGGCCGCAUAUCUAGUGAACUAAAGGACUGGUGUAUAAGUGAAAAAAUUAUUCCAAUAGAGAGUGCACCAAUGUCUGCUCUACAGGCCCUGGCUGUGGGUGUACAAGCACAGCUACUCACCUACAUAGACGAGUGUACAAAGGUUAACAUUGGUAGUGGUAUAGGGAUACAACCGUGGCAAUUGGAUAGUGGUAUAGGGAUACAACCGUGGCAAUUGGAUAGUGGUAUAGGGAUACAACCGUGGCAAUUGGAUAGUGGUAUAAUGGAUAAUUGCUAUAUUAAACUUUCAUUGCACAGAUCAAUGGUCCAGACUAUUGUGAUAUGUCACCCUGUUGCUUCUGUAAGAUACAUCAGGGAAGAACAGUUUUGGCACACCCUGUACCAUCUUAAGCAUGACAUUGGAUCUGGUAAACUUCUACAAGGUGCUGGAGCUACAGAAUUACAUUGUUCUGAUAUUUUGGAAACUCAUCACUCCUCUAAAGAUUGUGUAGCAGGAAAGUACCAUAGAGUGAGGAGUGAGGUUUAUAAAGCUGUAGCAGGAGCUUUCAGGAGAUACGUUGCUAUAAUAGAACACAAUAAUCCAAAAUCCCAACUGCCUUGUCAUACUCCCAGUCAUAACAUUAUCUCCCUUGGAACAGAGAGUACUCACAACAGUAACACUUCAAUGAGGAUAAGUGAUCAGGGAUUGAUAUUUGAUGAUUUUGAUGGAAAGAUUGAAUCAUGGCGAAGUGCAAUAGAUGUUGUGUGUACACUUUUACAGACACAGGUGCAUAUCUCUACUGGGGAGGACUCUACAGUGAGAGAUACCCUGCAACACACAGUUGGAUAUAUCUAGUAUAUAUACUCAUAAGAAACAUAUAAAGAAUGUUUCAAAUAAUUUAUCGAUGGUUUUUUUUACUUGGAAAUGUUGUACAACCUGGAGAGCUUAACUUUUGUUGUUAAAAUUGUGUGAAAUUCAAAUGUUUCAAAAACAAAACACUAACAGUUUAUCUCGCCAGGCUAGAUGAUAUCUACUGUUUGGAGCAUUGAUGAUUUGAGGUAAAUUGUGGAUAUUCAUAUAAAGAUGAGAUGGCAUGUAUUCGACAGUUAAGGUACACAUGAUGUGACCCAAGUAUCAUUCUGUGACCAUCAUAAUAACAUUGAUCAUUACAUUUUCCUCCAACACUGGCCCAAUCAUAUUUUCAUGAGUGGACUUCUCAGUAUUUCGUCUUCUCAAAAAUGGCUAAUAUUGAUAAAGCG